AAAAUAACAAUGUACGAUGAAUACAGUGACCAGUAUGAUACGUUUGAGGAUUAUGGGCCACCAGACGUCCACACGGAUUCUUAUGAAAGAUUCCGUCAAGUUCCCGAAGUUGUGAGGAAGUUUCUCAUUUAUUUCCGAAAUUGUAUCAACGAAGGAAUGAUAUUUGAGAUUCAAAAUCUUUACGAGAAUACAUUUCCAAAAAUAAGCGAGCAAUUAUUUGAAAAACAAUCGUGGCCAGAUGAGUCCGAAAUUGCUCAUAUUGUUGAAAAUGAUACGGUAUUUUUGAUUUUAUACAAAGAGCUUUAUUACCGUCACAUUUAUGCACGAAUGCAAGGACCCACUUUGGAGCAACGGUUCGGUUCAUUUUAUAACUACUGCGAUUUAUUUAAUUACAUUUUGAAUCCAGAUGAGCCGGUCCAAUUGGAGUUACCUGACCAGUGGCUUUGGGAACUUAUUGAUGAAUUUGUUUAUCAGUUCCAAUCAUUUUCGCAUUACCGAGCUAACUUGACUAAUAAAACACCCGAAGAAAUUGAAAACUUGAGCAACCAUAAUAAGGUGUGGGAUAUUCUCUGUAUUUUGAAUGUUUUGCAUUAUUUGGUUGAUAAAUCCAAGAUCAAAAGCCAACUGGAAAUUUACGCAAGCGGUGGAGAUCCAGAUUCCGUUGCUGGACCAUUUGGAAAGCAUUCUUUAUACAAAAUGCUUGGAUAUUUUGCUCUUAUUGGUUUAUUGAGAGUUCAUUCUUUACUAGGAGAUUACUACCAAGCCAUUAAGGUCCUAGAAAAUGUUGAGAUUUACAAGAAAAGCGCUUAUUCCCAUGUUCCUGGAUGCCAGAUUUCAACUGCCUACUACGUCGGUUUUGCUUACAUGAUGAUGAGAAGAUAUGCUGAUGCUAUAAGAACUUUUUCUGGAAUUUUGCUCUACAUUCAACGCACGAAGCAAUUAUUUACAACAAGAAGUUAUCAAAAUGACCAAAUUAAUAAGCAAACGGAGCAAAUGUAUCAUCUAUUAGCCAUAUGUCUGGUUCUUCAUCCUCAAUGCAUUGAUGAGGGCUUACAACAAGCACUUCGUGAACGUAAUUACCAUGAAAAGAUGUACAAAAUGCAGUACGGAGACAUUGUUGAAUUUGAAUCUUGCUUCCUGUUUGCUUGUCCUAAAUUCUUUUCUUCAACGCCACCAAGUCCUGACAGCACAAGAGAAGAUUAUACCAAGGAUGCUAUUAAACAUCAAACUCAAGUUUUUAUGGAUGAAGUUAUUCAACAAAAGAUGUUACCCACUAUUCGAUCAUACUUGAAAUUAUACACAACUUUGCCGUUGAGUAAAUUGGCAACAUUUAUGUACAGAUCAAAUAGUUCAAGCACUGACGAAAACUGGGAUCUGGACAAAGAAGUUGCUGCUUUAACUAUUCAUUUGUUGUGCUUCAAGCAUAAAAUGAAGAAUAUUGUUUGGACUAAAGGUGCAUCAGGAUUAGAUGGCAAGUUCCAAUCUGGCUCGGAGCUCGACUUCUACAUUGAUCAUGACAUGAUCCACAUUGCGGACACUAAAGUUGCUCAUCGCUAUGGAGACUUCUUUAUCCGUAAAAUCUUGAAGUUUGAAGAAUUAAACAGAAAAUUGCAUCAUAUUAAAAUUUAA